AUGGCCGCGAACAUGCAACACAUGGCGGGAGCGGCGGGAAUGAUGCAACAGCAACCGCCGCGUCCCCGACCCUCCCAGGUUCAGUUGAACCAGUUUCUUUACCAGACCAUGCUCGCCCAGCAACAGCCUCACACAGGCUGGCAAGCCGGCGUGGCUAUCCAGGAGCGCAUGAUCAAGUGCCAUAACUUGAUCACAAACAUUGGCCUUGCCGUGCCCUCCAUUGAUUUCAUGAAGGCAGCAGAAGUUGGCGUGAACUUCGAGCGCGAUGCCUUCAACAAGUGUCAAGAUAAGGCUCAAUACGAGGCCCAAAUGAGCAACAAGACGAACGAGUUCUUCCGACGACGACAGGCGAACGAGCAGACCAUGACCAACAACCUCCAAGCCCAAGCUGCGGCACAGGCUCAACAACAGCUCAUGAUGAAUCAAAACGCGGCUAUGCAGAACCAGAUGGGGCGAGGAAUGGGCCAGAACCAACAGCAGGGCUUCCAGCAUCUCCAGCACCAGAUGCAAGCAUCGCAGAUCCCUCAACAGGGCCAGAUGGGUGUGAACAUGGGAAACCAAGGUGGCCAACCGAUAGGGCCCAACCAGCAGAUGUUCCAGAUGCCCGGUGGACAAGGACGACCACAAAACGGCAUUCCCACCGACGCCUCAAACCUCACACCGCACGAUCAGCAAAAGGUGAUGGAACUCGCCCAAAAGAUGGCAUCCGCUUGCCCCGAUCCCCAGAAGAAUCACUACCGCAAUAUUGUGCAGACCCGGUUCGCACAGAGGGCACAGGAAUACACCGCUCAAGGCAAGGAUCCGGUCUUGAUCUGGUUCCAGCACCAGGCCUUCCAAGGCCUGUCAAAAAACGCCGCUCUGGCCAGACAGCGACAGCAACAGGGCGGCAUGCCGCCCAACAUGAACCCUGCCCAAGCCCAGGCCAUGAUGCAAGCCGGCAGAGGACAAAUCAACCCGGCGAUGAUGAACGCGGCAAAUAUGCAGUCUGGCAAUGGGGACUUUGGCCAGUUCACCAUGGAGAGCAUCAUGAACCAACAAAAGGCGGGCAUACUAGCCCAGGAGCAAGGCCAGAUGGUCGUGCCUGCGAGCAACGGCCCAGCGCGUAACGCCACGCCGCAACCCAUCGCUGGGGGUCAAGGUCAGGGAAUGCCUAAUCAGCCUGGACAGAAUCAAACACCGCGACCAAACCAGGCUCAGCAACAGUUGAGUAUGCAGCAGGCGCAACAACUCAAGAUUGAGCAACAGCAGUCGCAACACGCGGCACAGAUGCGUGCUCAACAGCAAGCCAGACAAUUACAGGGGCAGCCGAACGGUCUCGGUGGCGCACCGCCAUCCCAGAGCCCGGGUAUGAACACCCUGAACACCCCCAUGCGCCGUCCUCCGAGCGCCAUGAAUCCCAUGGAAGGCCAGAAUGGGCAACAGGCAAAUGGUCCCUUUGCUGGCACUCUCGACCCCCGUUUCAACCAGGGCAACCAACGGCCGAUGGGCGCAGCGGGCAACAUGAACAUGACCAACACCCCGCUUUUCCACAGCAUGAUGGCAAGCAUGAAUCCCGAGCAAAGGCAGGCUGUCCACGGUCUGCCACCCGACAAGCUGAACGAAGUCAUGCAGAAGUGGCAGGAGCAACAGCGCAAGAUGCAAAUGAAUGCUAUGGGCAACCCAGGCCAGAUGCAGGGUCGACCAGGGCAACUUGGACAAUUCAACGUUGCCAAUGGCAAUCAAUUCAUGAACAACGGCAUGAUGCCUCAGCAAGCGCAGCCAGGUGCUCCUGCUCCUAACAACCAGCAGCAACUCAUUGCUCAGCAGCAGCAGAUGCUGAACCGAUUGAGAAACCAGCAAACACCUGUAGCACCGGCUCACCAGGUCAUGAUGGACAGCAUGGAGCUACCGCCACCAGUCCUCCAACAAGUAGGCAACCAGCUUCGCGCUCCUCCUGAGGUACGCAAGUGGAAGGACCUCCGGCAAUGGCUCGCACAAAACCCCGUACAGCCACAGUUGCAACAACAUCUCGAGAGAAUUCAGAGAUCGCAGUUCGCGACCUACAUGCAGAGGCAGAUGGAGAAACGCAACCAGCAGCAGGCAGCAGCGGCGGCAGCGCAGCAGCAACAAACGCAGCAACCGCAACCGCCUCAAUCUCAGCCGCCUCAGCAGGUCCCGCCACAGGCUCAACUACAGCAAAUUGCACAGCCGCCUCAACAAGCUCAACCUCAAGGACCAGCGCAGCCACAGCAGAACGGGAUGCAGCCCGGCAACGGCGUACAGAAUCCGCAGGCACCCAACCAACCAGGCAUGCCGCCUGGCAUGCCGAGUAUUCCAGCUCACAUGAUUCAGGUGACGCCAACUGAUAUCAUGAACGCUCGCAAGGCCAACCCCAAGAUUGCUAGCCUUACCGACGAUCAACUGAGACAGUUCAUCAUCCAGAUUAAGCAACGGCAGAUGGCUGCCGCGAUGCAGAAAGAGAUGGCCAUGCGCCAGGCUCAAUCACAAGGGCUACCGGCGCCGGGAGGACCAACCAUCCCAGUGUCUGCACCUCAACCACCCCAAAUGCCACAGCCCGGUAUACCCGCAAAUAUCACCCCGACGCCCGCGCAAGCGCCACCGGCACCGCCGAAGCAGCAGAGCGCUACUCCUGAUCAGAAGGCCGUUGCCAACGCCGCGGCACCACGGAACAACAACACCAACAACAACAACCGUCCGGCCUCGAGCAACCAAGCACAGCCUCCGAAUCCCUCGCCUGCGACGCAGCAGAAGAACCUCAAGCGACCCAGCACUGACGAGCCUGCCGACGUCCCUCAGGCAUCUCAGCAGCCUCAGAGGCCAACUGCCCAACCAGGCCAGAUGCGCCCGUUCCCGAACUUCACCCCAGAGCAAAUUGCGGCCAUGAAUCCUGAGCAAAGGGCCAAGUACGAGGCAAUGAAGAAUCGCCAACAGGCCAUGCAAGCUGCAGGCUCGGGCAUUGCACCUACGGAGAACGACUUUGACAAGCUCAGGCGCAUUGGUCAAGAAGAGCAGAGGUUGAUGAUGACGGAGCAUAUGCCUGAUAUCCCCAUGCCACCCGAGCAGCGUACAGAGACUUGCACCAAGCUCAUGAAGAUCGUGGUCGACAUGGGCAAGAUUGGAAAGGCCCUGGGACGCUGGUAUGCCGCAACCCGUGAUGAUCAGCGCGCCAAGAGCUAUUUCCGAGCUGUAAGUAGACAAUCAUGCUCGUUGCUGGUUUUUGACAGUUUACUAACAUGA